GCGAGCGCCGGCGCAGGCAUCGCAGACCAAUUACAACCGCCGCUAGAUGUCCCGCAACCGAGCCGUCCACCAGCGAGUUACCCUGGUUGCCGGGCUGUUGUCCGCCAAUCGUUCUUGAGGCGUAGAGUCCCGCCAUCAUCCAUCCAGAUUAUGUUAGCCUCACUUUCUGACAGUUCGGUCAGGCAAUACGACACGUGUUUGAGGAAGUGGUAUCAAUUUUGUAAUGCUCAUAAUUUUAAUGUCUUUGAAGCAUCAAUUCCUAACGUAAUAUAUUUUCUAACGAAACUUUUUGAAGCAGGUGCUCAAUACGGGACCCUUAAUAGUUGUAGAUCAGCCUUGUCGUUGAUACUCGGUGUUCACGUUGGUAACGAUGACCGUAUGAAACGGUUUUUUAAAGGUGUUUUUAAACUCCGUACACCCUUACCCAAAUAUAACGUGACCUGGGACACAUCAACUGUUCUGGACACUUUGGCUACCUGGUAUCCUAAUGAAAAUUUAAAUCUCGAUAAACUUUCAAAAAAAAUUUCAACUCUUUUAGCUCUUGUAACCGCUCAUAGGUUACAGACCUUGUCCAAGAUUAAUAUUAAUAAUAUUGAACGAUUUCCUGAUAAGGUAAUAAUAAAAAUCCCUGACCUGAUUAAGACGUCUCGUAUUGGCUCCUUACAACCUGUACUCGUCCUCCCUUAUUUUCGAGACCGACCAGAGGUUUGUCCUGUUAAUGUAUUGCUUAGAUACUUAGACAUGACUGACUCCUUGCGAGGCAAUAAUCAUUACCUCUUUAUCGGUAUUAAAAAACCACAUAAAUCGGUAUCAUCUCAAACACUUAGUCGGUGGGUAAAAAGCACUCUUAGCGAGUGCGGUAUAAACGUGUCUGUGUUCACGGCACACAGUACGCGACACGCUGCGACCUCUAGGGCGCACCAGCUAGGAGUUAAUUUGGAUCUUAUAAGGAAGACCGCUGGGUGGAGCGGAUCUUCUAAUGUGUUUGGUAGAUUCUACAACAGAGUUGUUGGGGACAUAAUCGAUCAUGAGUUAUUUGCUAGAUCUAUUAUAAAUAACGAUUCGUUACACUAAUAUUAUAUUAAACUUAUAAAUCAGGAAUGAUUAAUUUACAAUAUAAAUUAUAAUUUACCUAAGCACAAUUAGCUUAAUUUAUUUAUUCAUUUAAAAAAUAUUGUUGUUUUCCUUUUAUACAAGAAGUCAUUUUAUGUUGUUAGAAAUUAAAAUUAUAAUUGAUAGAA